AUGGGUAGUCAAACGAGUAAGACAACUCCUGGACCCAAUGCAAAGGCAAUUUUUCAAACCAUGCUGAUGAGUGAUUUACAUCUCGAGUUCUCUCAACAAGUUGUUCCAAAAUUUCCAGCUGUUGCAUCGAUCUUGAUACUCGCUGGUGAUAUUGGACGACCUGAUUUACCAUCGCUUCAAAAAUUUCUUCUAGCUCAAUGUCAAAGGUUCGAACAUAUAUUUUAUGUGGCGGGAAAUCACUGCUUCUACGAAGGAGAGUACGAAACGCGUCUUCAGCAACUUCAGGAAUUAAACAAUCUUCAUCCUCAUAUUCACUUCUUACACAAUCAAAGUUAUUUACUUCCGUUUAAUGUGAGGAUACUCGGAACCACGCUUUGGACUCAUGUUUCCGAGGAGAAAGCAUCCACAAUUGGCGUACUAUUAAACGAUUAUCAUCACAUUUGGACUAGAGAUAAGAAACUUGAAGGAGAUGAUACCAUCCAAACACGACGUCUGAUCACAGUUGACGAUACGAAUCGAUGGCAUGCUCAACAGCACGCUUGGUUGCUAGAAGAAAUCAGUAAAGCUCGUAAGAAUCGCGAACAUGUUAUUAUCAUCACACAUCAUGCACCUUCUCGUCAUCAUACUCUUCCAAAAUAUGACGUAGAUCUUGAUAUAGACGAUGCUUUUGUCAAUGACCACGAUGCAGAUUGUGUAGAUCCUGUUCGUCUAUGGAUAUAUGGUCAUACGCAUGCAUCAACGGAUCUUAUUAUAAAAUCAACAAGAGUUGUCAGUAAUCAAUUGGGGUAUGCUCAUGAAACGACAGGUUUUCGACCUAAUCUGAGGAUUACAUUGUAUGACGACGGGGCAUACUAUGAAAAGGAAUAUGUGACAGCGAAUUUUGAACAGUUAUUUUUCUCGAUUAUGCUUCGUAGUUCCCCGAUUUUAUUGUUAAUUUUUCACGUAAUUGGAUCUGUCGAUCAAGAUGCGCGAUUGAUCGGUACACAUAUUGUCUAUCGUCAUGGAGAUCGGACGCCUAUAUUUGCAUAUUCAACUAGCUCAGUCUCUGCAUCUUUCUGGCACAACGGUUUUGGACAACUGACACGUCGUGGCCAACUUCAACACAUUCGUCUCGGUCAGCAUCUUCGACAACGAUAUUCUCGAUUACUAAAUACAACUUAUGUUGCUUCGGAGCUAUACGUACGCAGUUCGGACUCUGAUAGAGCAUUAAUGUCGGCCUAUUCAAAUCUAGUGGGUUUAUACCCAAUAUCAAAAGAUAAAUUAAACGAAAAAAUACUAUCAAACUUAUCGAAUCAGGAUGAAUGGCCAGAAUUGCUUCCCUGGCAACCGAUACCUGUCCAUACUGUUCCAGCCUCAGAAGAUUAUAUCAUGGGUGUUAGUCAAUGUCCAUAUUUCGUUGAACUUGUCGAACAGAUUCAAAAUGGAGAACAAGUUCGAAAUAUCAGCAACGACUUUCAAGAAUUUUUUCGUCAUUUAUCGAACUGGACCGGAUCGGAAGUGAACAAUUUAUUCGAUGCUUGGAUACUAGCUGAUGCUAUUUUGACUGAAGCUCUAUAUAACGUUAGUGGAUCAUGGGCCGACACUAUGACUCUUGCGAAACUUGAGCAAAUUGUUGAUUUAUCAUUCUAUUAUCUUUUCGAUUCGCCAGACACGAAUCGAUUAAUUGCCGGUCCACUAAUAGCUGACAUCUGGAGUAAUAUUCAGAAUUUAAUCGCAAACCAAUCUCGUGGAUAUAAAACCAAAAUCUAUUCCGGUCAUGAUGCAUCAAUUGUCGCUGUUUUAUCAUUCUUCGAUGCUAAUUACUUUCAUCAUCCUCCCUAUUGUGCUACGUUACUCUUCGAUCUGUAUUAUCUACCAGCAAAUAAUAACUACGCAUUGAAAAUCGAAUACCUUAACUCAUCAGAUAGUUUUGCUGGCUAUGCAAUUCAACCACCACCGUGUUCAGAAGCAAUGUGCUCUAUAGAUGUGUUACGUCCUUGGCUGGAAAAUAGGUUACCAAAGCAAGAUAUGAAGACAGAAUGCAUGCCUCGCAAAUCGUCGUCAUCAAUGGCUGGACUAGGUUUUAACAAAAUGUAUCAAAUCGAUGUGAUCCUCAUAUCAUUUGCGUUUAUUUUGCUCCCUACUAGCAAUUUAAACUGA